CUGAUCAUCAUUUAAUCUUGAAUAUUAUUUUUUUCCAAUUUCUGGAUUUUCAUUCCAAAAAACAACUUGAUCUUCAAGAUCUUGAACGAAUAAACUAGUCAUCAUCAUCAACGGAAAAAAUUUCGACACCUGUACUAAAUUUAAAUUGGUUUUUAUAAUAAUCAUGAAGGUAAUUUCAUAUUGUAUAAUCGGAUUAUCAUUGAUUCUCAUACAAAUCGAAACAUCAAGAAUUCGUGUUCGUCAAGGUCGUCGACAAUGGUGUCGUGGUUCACGUAGACUAGAACAUCUUCGUGGUCGUUGUAUACCACAUUAUGAAUGUGUACAUAAUCGUGGUAUAUCGAUUGGACAUUGUUUCAAUAAUCUCGUAGUGGUUGCUAGUUGUUGUAUGUUGCCCGAUUCACAAGAUGAUAUACUAAAUUUUCAUCGACAAAAAUUUUUCAAUUUCAAAAUCAAUUCUGAACAUCAAAAUAUUAACGAAAUACAAAGUAAACAUAUCUCAACUGUCGAUUCAGAUCAUGGCAAUGCUCAAGGCAAUCCACAUUCGAUAGGAAAUAAAACUGUUUCGACAAAUAAUUUACUACCAUCUACUAUAUCUACCGAACAGAUCAAUUCGAUCAAAAACCAAACAGCCAUCAUUUGUAUGACAACCGAAAAUUAUGCUGACUAUAUGGGUGGUGAUGGUGAUGAAAACGUUCAAAAUCCAAUUAAUUCGACUACAACAGCUAUGACAGCAACAAUUUCAUUGGAUCUGGAUUCGACUUUCAAUUCAAUUACGAAUAAUAACAACAAUUGGUCAAGUUCAUUGCCGACAACUAAAUCGAUGGAAGAAUCCAUCAUUAAAUCAUCCCAAACAAAUACACAUUCAACACUACUACCAAUUGAAAUCAAUCAAAAUGAAUUCUAUGAAAUCAUAUUGAAUCGAACCACAACAACAAAAGGAACAAUCGAUAAUAAUUAUCCAUCCAAUCCUAAUCAAAAUGUAUUUAUCGAAGAUAUUCCAUUACAUUCUUCGGUAGUAUCGCCGACACCUACAGCAAGUUUUACAAGUACAACUACCAGAUCUUUUUCGUCACCAAAAUUAUGCGGUGUUCGACCGUUAAGACCAACUGGACGUGUAGUAGGUGGCCGUAAUGCACAAUUCGGUGAAUGGCCAUGGCAGGUUUUGAUCAAAGAAAAAUCUUGGUUAGGAUUUUUUACCAAAUCAAAAUGUGGUGGUGUAUUAAUCGAUUAUAAAUGGAUUCUUACGGCUGCACAUUGCCAACCAGGUAUGAUGGGAUCAUUGAUUGUUAUGUUAGGUCAACAUGAACUUCAUGGUACUUCAAGACAACUUCGACCGGUUGUGAAAACCGUACGACGAAUGAUUGUACAUCGUGAUUUUGAUCCGGAUACAUUUGAUAAUGAUAUUGCUUUAUUGGAAUUGGAUACACCAUUUGAAAUGCAACCGCAUAUUGUACCAAUAUGCAUGCCAAAUAAAGAUGAAGAUUAUGUAGGUCAAUUUGCUUAUGUCGCCGGAUGGGGAAAAUUAAGCUAUGGUGGUACGAUACCAAGUGUAUUACAAACAGUAAGAUUACCGAUCAUUGAUAAUAGCUUAUGUCAGACGAUGUUUGCCGAUGCUGGACAUUAUAAAUACAUUCGACAUAGCUUUCUUUGUGCCGGUUAUACACAAGGUGGCCGUGAUACAUGUGAAGGUGAUAGUGGUGGACCAUUAAUGAUGAAACGUGAUGAUGUUUGGACAUUAAUCGGUACCGUAUCACAUGGUAUAAAAUGUGCUGAACCAAAUUUACCUGGUGUAUACAUGAAAACAUGGUCAUAUCUUCCUUGGAUAAGUGGUAUCAUUGAACGAACAUUAUGAAAAAAAAGAUGAAAAUAAGCAUUUAAUAAUCGAAACAUCAUUUCUAUUUAUAAUUCCAUUAGUUUUAAAUAUUAUUUA